GCGCGAUCGUUUGGUUUUUGGUUUCGGUAGUUUCGCGUGGUGCGAGCAAAGUUUGGAACCACGGCGGCGAAAAUAGAGCUGCCCGUAGUGAGAGCGUCCGACGUCCCGCUGUUCUCGUGGACGCCGCAACAACAGCAGCAGCAACGCAGCAGCAGUAGCAGCAGCAGCAGCGGUGGCUCAUCGGCAUCGACAUCGACAUCGACAGCAGCAGCAGCAAUCAUGAGCGAUCGGGAUCGAGCGUCACCGACGUUGAUCGAGACGGGAUUAAAGACGUUGAUAGGUGGCCGCGAUAGCAAUUAUCCGCUGAUAAGCGGGACGAAUGUUUUUCUAUUUUCAGGUAAAACAAGCAAUAACAAAGAUAUCUGCGGCGAGGACAAACACAAAGAGGAGAACGAUCCAUGGAACGUCGAAACACACUCCGCGUUCCUCGGCCCGAACCUGUGGGACAAAACCCUGCCCUAUGACUCUGAUCUCAAAGUGCAUCAGGUGAGUGAGUAUGCUGACCUGGACGAGUUUCUCUCGGAAAAUGGCAUUCCGUACGAUGGAAUACCGAACAGUAAUCUGGGCAACUCGACCAGCCUGACCGGCCAGCGGUCGGACAGCAUCGGCCACUGUGCCGGGCUGUCGCUGUCCGGUCUCGGGCAGGUGACCACCAAACGGGAACGAUCGCCCUCGCCAUCGGAUUGCAUGAGCCCGGAAACGAUGAACCCACCGUCACCGGCCGAUUCAACGUUCUCGAUGUCGUCCACCCGUGACUUUGAUCCGCGGACGCGCGCCUUCUCGGACGAGGAGCUCAAGCCCCAGCCGAUGAUCAAGAAGUCCCGCAAACAGUUCGUACCGGACGAGAUGAAGGACGACAAGUACUGGGCGCGCCGUCGAAAGAACAAUAUGGCGGCGAAGCGUUCCCGUGACGCCCGUCGCAUGAAAGAAAACCAAAUCGCGCUCCGUGCUGGUUACCUGGAAAAAGAGAACAUGAACCUACAUCGAGAGGUGGAACAGCUGAAGCAGGAAAACAUGGAACUGCGCGCCCGGUUGUCGAAAUACCAGGAGGUAUAAUCUUAGCCCAUCCCGAUGCAACAAUCCACGCUACUUCUACUUCUAGUACUACUGUUACCACUACGACUACUCCUAACUACUAUUGCUACUACUAUCGGCCGUCACCGUCAGCGGGGCGGGCACACACCGUUUCCGGCAUUGCCGCUUUUACCAUCAUGGCCGCAUCAUCGCUACCAUCGAUCGGCCGCGCACUAUCGUACGCGCUAUCGCAUUACAACUCGUCCUACCAACGUUACCACCGAUCACUGGCAUACCGGCAGCAUACAUUCGGGGGGCAGCAGCAGCAACAGCCCGCAGCAGUGCAGCCUAGUGAAAGGCAGCUUUAUCGUUCGCGAUCCUUUCUUUUCCUGGCAAAGGGACAACAUGUGAGAGAAAUGGCAAGGGCAACACACGAUACUAAGGGUAGGAAAGGAUGUCGACCGACAUGUUAAGCUAAUGUGCCGCCGCCAAGCUGAUCCUACCUUUUAAGGAC